AUGACUAGGCUCUUCUUCUUCGCUUUCCUCUAUACAGUAACAAAUCUAGCACUUCUGCCAUUAACAGCCACAGGAGCAACAUCAUGCCGAACAUCCUGCGGCAGCAUCCCAAUAAACUACCCGUUCGGCAUCGACCAAGGCUGUGGAUCUCCCCAGUUCAACGGAAUGUUCAACUGCUCAACGGAUCUGUUUUUCCUCACUCCUUCCGGGAGCUACAAGGUCCAGAGCAUCGAUUACCAGAAGAACACGGUGGUGGUCUUCGAUCCGGCGAUGUCGACCUGCUCCAUCCUCCAGCCUCACCACGAUUUCAAACUGACGGAUAUCCAGAACGCCGUCAUAAGGCCCUCGUACGACACCGUUUUCGCCCUCCUCAACUGCUCCACCGACUCGCCGGUCCACAAUCGGUUCCGGAACCUCUGCUUCAAUCCCUCCGGCCACUCCUGCGACGAGCUUUAUAGCUCCUGCACUUCGUUUCGCAUCUUCAACACUACCUCCCCCUCUGGUAACAGCACGGUGCGUACGACGCCGUAUUGCUGCUUCACUAGUUACGAUACGGUGAAAGCGAUGAGUUUGAACAUCUUGGAUUGCUCACAUUACACGACGGUGAUUGACAGUGGAAAAAUGAGAGACGAGGGACCGUUGGAUUGGUCGUACGGGAUCGAGCUUUCGUACUCAGUGCCGGAGAUUGGCUGUGACCGUUGCCAGAAGUCAGGCGGCACGUGUGGUUUUGACGCCGAUACAGAUAUCUUUCUCUGCCAAUGUCCAACUUCCAACAACAACCCUACGAGAGAAUGUGGUGGAGGUAUGACUAAUCACGGAAGCUGCAAUUCCGUAAACUUAUACUAUAUGACACUUCUUUUGGCUAUGCUAAUUUCUUUUAUUUACGCUAUUUUGUGA